GCGGAGGCUGGGAAAGGAGAGGGCGGCUCCUGCCCGAGAGCUCGGAGGAGAGCUCGGCACCCCUGGCUUGAACUUUAGCACCCUCUUCCGCAGGAGUUUAACGAGGAGCCGGCUGGAGACCGGGCAGGCGCAGGGCUGGAGCGGGCGAGGAGCCGCAGAAACUUUGUCCGAGGAGGAUUCUGUGGGGCUCUCCAUAAAGGCAGAAAGCCCCAGGAAGGCAGGAAGUGUUUGCGGCGCUCGGGACGCUGGUGAGCGGCCCCGGGCCCGUGCUGCCGUGCAGAUGUGCGCGAUUGGAGCAGCGCUGGGCUCGUUUUCCUUUCACUGAAGGCGACCCAGCCCGGCGGAUUAAGCUCUUUGUGUGCACGCCAGUGUGCCUGGAUGGAAGCUGCUCCCGCAAAACCGGCUGUGAGGGGUGCGGGGAGCAUCCUCUAGGGCGGGGAGGGGGAGCCCUCCUGUUUUCGUGGCUCUGGGGCGAUGCUGGGACAGUAACACCCUCGGCAGGCAGCACAGCGCUUCGGGAUGGCCGUCUAUGCCCUCACGGGCUUCUCGCUCGUCAGCCUGCUCAGCUUUGGCUAUUUGUCCUGGGACUGGAUGAAGCCCAGUUUGGUGGCUGAUGUGGCCACAGACCCCAUGGAGAAAUCACCGCCUCCCACCUUCACCAGGCCACCCCACAUCAUCUUCAUUCUGACCGACGACCAGGGCUACCACGAUAUCGGCUAUCACGGCUCAGAUAUCCAGACACCGACGCUGGACAGGCUGGCAGCAGAGGGUGUGAAGCUGGAGAACUACUACAUCCAGCCCAUCUGCACCCCGUCCCGGAGCCAGCUGAUAACUGGCAGGUACCAGAUCCACACAGGAUUGCAGCACUCCAUCAUCCGCCCUCGGCAGCCCAACUGCCUGCCCCUGGACCAGGUCACCCUGCCGCAGAAGCUGCAGGAGGCCGGCUACUCCACACACAUGGUGGGCAAGUGGCACCUGGGCUUCUACAAGAAGGAGUGCCUGCCCACUCGCCGGGGCUUCGACACCUUCCUGGGCUCCCUGACAGGCAACGUGGAUUACUACACCUACGACAACUGCGACGGGCCCGACGUCUGCGGCUACGACCUGCACGAGGGGGAGGACGUGGCGUGGGACCAGAGCGGGAAAUAUUCCACCUUCCUCUAUGCCCAGCGAGUCAGCAAGAUCCUGGCAUCCCACAGCCCCAAGGAGCCCAUCUUCAUCUACGUGGCCUUCCAAGCGGUGCACACGCCCCUGCAGUCCCCCAAGGAGUACAUCUACCGCUACCGCUCCAUGGGCAAUGUCGCCCGCCGCAAGUACGCGGCCAUGGUCACCUGCAUGGACGAGGCGGUCAAGAACAUCACCUGGGCCCUCAAGAAGUAUGGGUACUAUGACAACAGUGUGAUCGUGUUCUCCACGGAUAACGGUGGGCAGACCUUCUCCGGGGGAAGCAACUGGCCGCUGCGGGGUCGCAAAGGGACGUACUGGGAAGGGGGAGUGCGGGGCAUUGGUUUUGUGCACAGUCCCCUGAUCAAGCGCAAGUGUCGGACAAGCUGGGCGCUGGUUCACAUUACAGACUGGUACCCUACUCUGGUCAGCCUGGCCAGGGGCAACCUGAGCAAUGUCCAAGGCUUGGAUGGCUACGAUGUCUGGCCUGCUAUCAGUGAGGGUAAGGAGUCGCCACGCACUGAAAUCCUGCACAACAUUGACCCCUUGUACAACCAUGCCAAGUACGGCUCCUUGGAGGACGGCUUCGGCAUCUGGAACACGGCUGUGCAAGCUUCCAUCAGGGUUGGGGAGUGGAAGCUCCUCACUGGCGACCCAGGGUACAGCGACUGGAUACCCCCACAGACCCUGACCAACUUCCCAGGGAGCUGGUGGAACCUGGAGCGUCUCACCGAUGGCCCGAGGAAGUCCGUGUGGCUCUUCAACAUCACCGCCGACCCCUACGAGCGCUACGACCUCUCAGAGCAGCGGCCAGACGUGGUCAGGAGCCUCCUGCUGAGGCUGGUGCACUACAACCGCACGGCCAUCCCGGUGCGCUACCCUGCCGAGAACCCCCGCGCUCACCCCGACUUCAACGGCGGCGCCUGGGGACCGUGGGCCACUGAGGAUGAGGAGGAGGAGUGGGAAGGAGGCCGGGAGUCCCUGAAAGGCAGGAACAAGAAGAAGAAGAAGAAGUGCAAGAUCUGCAAGCUGCGCUCCUUCUUCCGCAAGCUGAACACCAGGCUCAUGUCCAACCGCAUCUGACAGGACACUCCCCCAGCAUCCACCCGUCCUGGCCAGGGUGGAGCUCUGGACUGCAGUGCCGUGGGAUGGGAGUGAGGGAGAAGGACAGGCAGGGAGGUGGCCAGUGCUCUCUUGCUCUCCCUUGUUCCAGGGUUCACUCCAAAACACUUCUCCUCCCUGGCUGGAGUGGUGGCCACAGGGAGCUGCUCCCAGUGGGUGAGGAAGGGUGAUGUGGUCUCUGCUGCGGUGCUUGGUGGUGGUGAAUGAUUGUGCUGAGCUGGGCGGGCCCUGCACAGUGGCUUCCAAAGAGAGAGACCCUUUCCUCAAGGAUUCUGCAGCCAAUCAUAAGCUUUAAGUGUUGGCCAUUGCAAGGGCAGGAGGAGGCAUGGGGGGCUCUGCCUUCACGUGAACCCUCACCAUUCCUCUCUAUUUGCUCCUGGUUUGUAGCCUGCUCCCAAGCAGCUGCAACAUUUACUCUUGCUCUGGGAACUCGAGGGCCUUCCCCAAACACAAGACCACAUUGCUUCUUUGUGGAGGGAUGGAUUCCUGACCGUGGAUGUCAGACCUGUGAUCAACGUGGCUGGACUAAGUCAUGCUGCUACAGUGACCUCAUGUGGGGCUAUGGCUUCUCCUCUCCACUGACUUGGGGGGCCAGGAGCAGCCCUGAUGAGGAGCUGUGGCCCAUGGAGGCAUGGUUGGAUGCUCCCAGAGGACAGGUGGUUCUCUUUGGCCCCACAUUUGGGAGGAAGGUUUGCCCCAGGCUCUGGUGGUGGACUCUACAUAGGUAGAGCAAAGCCUUUCACCCAAAAUUUGCCUGGACACCCCUUCACGUGCAAGCCUCUAGGCACCCCUGCUCCUCCCUAUGAAUCCUACACAUCCAACCAGCCAACCACCCAGUGCUGGAGCUGUCCCUGUCCCCACAUCCCAUUGCUGAACCUGGGGCAGAGGGAAGAUCUCAAGAACGUCUCUGCAGAAGCUGAUCUGCUGUUUUGCAGCUGCAGGACUUUUGAAGCCACGGUGGAGGACGGGGAUGACGGGGCCGUCUCCCGCCCGCCAGCACCGCGCCACGUCCCCUCCUCGCAGAUGGGCACUGCUCUUCCAGCAGCGCACGCGUGGGGAGGAAAACACCUCCCCAUCAUCCACGGCUGGGGGAGCCAGCCCAGGGACUGCCAGGGGCCAGGGAGGCCAGCGGAGCUCCGGGCCCGGGGAAGCCAGCAGAGCCCCCGUGCCUUCGGCGGGGUGAGAGCGCGCAUACGUGCGCUCGCAGGAGAGCUGGCGAGGAUGGAAGGGGGUAAAUAGCUUUGAAACCGUUUUGGAUGCAUGGUGCAUUUCCAUUUACACAAUGUGUUUUACAUUUCUCCCCACAGGUUUCUCUUGGUGCAGCGUGUGUAGGCGAAGGCCCUGCUGUGAAUUUUGAAAAUAGUUAUUUUUGUCUCUGGAAAAUGAGGCCCGUUAGGACUUGUCAGCUCUUGGAUGAGCAGUGUGGGCUUUCUAUUUUUUUUUCUUUUCCCCCCUCUCUUUCUCCCUUGCAAAAUAACAUUCAUUUAAAAUCUGUCAUUGAAAGAUGUGACAAUUGGCAGCGUGCACACUGAAUACCUUUCAGUGCUCUUUCAAGCCCUGUGUGUGAGAGAGGGAUGAGGAUGGGAAGAAAAUGACAUGUUUGUAUUUUUUUUUUUUUCUUACUCUUAGCUGGAUUAUUUGGGGGUAUUGGGAUUUUCUAUAGAAACAAAGGAAAAAAACCAGCUGACAGCAAGGCAGAAGAGAGGAGGCCUCUUCUUGUGGAGCUGGGAAGGAGUUUGAAAAGCUGGAGUGUGGCAGCGUGUGCGCCAGUCCCUGCAGCUCCGCGCACGCCCAUCGCUGUGCCAUCCCACCCUGCUGGCUCCUGCAUCCCUGCAUCCCUGCAGGCACAUCCCAAGCACUCCUGCAUCCCUGCAUCCCUGCAGGCACAUCCCAAGCACAGGGUUCAGAGGGGGCUCAUCUCCUCCCUCAGUCCCAUCUCCAUCCCUGCUCCCUUAGCGUGUUGCUCCAAGAGGACUGGUCCCCACAGCAUCACCUGGGUGAGCCCCAGAAGGAUGCUCCACAUCCUCACACUACCUCAAACCAAACCAGCCAGCCUGGUCCCUGGGGAUGUGCUCCAUCAGCGGGACUGCGGCACCGGCUCCCAUUUGGCAGAGCCAGGCAGUUGCUGAAAAUAAAGCAACACUUUGCUGAAGAAGAGGAGGCUGCUGCAGGCAGAGCCAAAGCCAGGGGAGAGCAGGGGGUGAUGCUGCAGGGGCUUGGGAACAAAUAUUGCCUAAGGGAGAAUUGAUGCUGAAGGGAAUGGGAGAGAGCAGGGCUGGACAUGAGGUGAUGACAAGGCUCAGGAAACAGCUUUCAUUUCCAUAUUUACAUAAAUGCAUCCAAGUUUACUCCUUCUUUUAUUUUCUUUUCGUUCAAAAAUGGAAAUUUCCAUGAAAACAUGCUCAAUCUUUCUCCCUUCCCUUUUUACUAACAUCCCCAUGAAAAUGUUCCUCUGGUCACACUUCCUUUUUCCAGGUUUGGAGCUGCUGGGCUGAUGCUGGGUUUGCACUCAGCCUGGCCACAGUGGUGGAUCUGUUGUCAUCUGUAUUUUUAAUUAAAAAGCGUUGGAUUCUGAA